GAAAGAAUGGCAGCUUUGAAAGCAGCUUGCUAAGAGUUAGGAACUUAAAUGGAGUUAUAGCCAUGUGCACAGGUGAACUGGAAAAGCAGCUUAAAGGAGAACGCAGCUGCACCUCCCAAAUUGAAGGAGAUGAAGAACCAAGAGUCUACUGUGGGUCAGACACUAGUGCUCAGGUGUGAAGCCAGUUCAGAUUAUCCUGCACUCAGAUUCAAGUGGUUAAAGAAUGGAAAAGAAAUAACCAAAAAAAACAGACCAGAAAAUAUCAAGAUCCCCAAAAAACAAAAGAAGUACUCAGAACUUCACAUUUACAGAGCAACGUUGGAUGAUGCUGGGGAGUACACGUGCAGAGUGAGCAGCAAAUUAGGGAAUGACAGCACCAAAGCCACCAUUAUCAUCACAGACACCAAUGAGCACAUCAGCAAGAUAACAGUUUCAACAGAGGGGACAAAAACUUCCUCACAGACUAUGCCUAGGAUACAAGCUUCAACAGAAGGAACAAACACCUCCUCCUAUCUAUCCCUGUUGUCCUCCAUGGCACCUUCGCUACCUCCACCCACCCUGGAGCCUGAGGGGAAAGAGACAACCACAGCGUCUCAGGCACAAGCCACAGAAACUAAUCUCCAAACAACUCCAAAACUUUCCACUUCUACAUCUACUACGGGGACAAGUCAUCUCACAAAAUGUGACAUAAAACAGAAAGCCUUCUGUGUAAAUGGGGGAGAAUGUUACAUGGUCAAAGACCUUCCCAAUCCCCCAAGAUAUCUGUGCAGGUGCCCAAAUGAAUUUACUGGUGAUCGCUGCCAAAACUACGUAAUGGCCAGCUUCUACAAGCAUCUUGGGAUUGAAUUUAUGGAAGCUGAGGAACUGUACCAGAAAAGGGUGUUGACCAUAACUGGCAUCUGUAUUGCCCUCCUUGUGGUUGGCAUCAUGUGUGUGGUGGCCUACUGCAAAACCAAAAAGCAGCGGAAAAAGUUGCACGACCGUCUUCGGCAAAGCCUGCGCUCAGAACGGAAUAACAUGGUGAACAUGGCAAAUGGACCCCACCAUCCCAACCCACCACCGGAAAAUGUCCAGCUGGUGAAUCAGUAUGUAUCGAAAAAUGUAAUAUCCAGUGAACAUGUAAUUGAGAGAGAAACAGAGACAUCAUUCUCCACGAGUCACUAUACCUCAACAACGCAUCACUCUACAACAGUCACCCAGACACCCAGCCACAGUUGGAGUAAUGGCCACACUGAAAGCAUUAUCUCUGAAAGCCAUUCAGUGCUUGUGAGCUCAUCUGUAGAGAACAGUCGGCAUACAAGCCCAGCAGGACCCAGAGGACGCUUGAACGGAAUAGGAGGUCCACGAGAUUGCAACAGCUUCCUCAGGCAUGCAAGAGAGACUCCCGACUCCUACCGAGACUCCCCUCACAGUGAAAGGUAUGUAUCAGCUAUGACCACCCCAGCUCGCAUGUCACCUGUAGAUUUCCACACUCCGAGCAGUCCAAAGUCCCCGCCUUCAGAAAUGUCUCCACCAGUAUCCAGCUUAACUGUGUCAGUCCCUUCUGUGGCGGUGAGCCCCUUUAUGGAAGAGGAGCGGCCUCUCUUGCUGGUAACUCCACCACGGUUGCGGGAGAAGUAUGACCAUCACAUUCAGCAGUUCAACUCCUUCCACCACAAUCCUGCCCAUGAGAGCAACAGUCUACCCCCUAGUCCUCUGCGGAUAGUAGAGGAUGAGGAAUAUGAGACCACACAGGAGUAUGAGCCAGCACAGGAGCCUCCAAAGAAACUAGUCAACAGCCGGAGGACAAAGAGAACAAAACCCAACGGCCACAUUUCCAACAGAAUGGAAAUGGACACUGACACAAGCUCUGAGAGCACCAGCUCUGAGAGUGAAACAGAAGAUGAAAGAAUAGGCGAGGAUACACCUUUCCUGAGCAUACAGAACCCCCUGGCAACCAGCCUCGAGUCAGCCGCAGCCUACCGACUGGCUGACAACAGGACUAACCCAACCAGUCGGUUCUCUACACAGGAAGAAUUACAAGCAAGGUUGUCCAGUGUAAUAGCUAAUCAAGACCCUAUCGCUGUAUAAAACAUAAACACACACAUAGAUUCACAUGUAAAACUUUAUUUUAUAUAAUGAAGUAUUCCACCUUUAAAUUAAACAAUUUAUUUUAUUUUAGCAAUUCCGCUAAUAGAAAACAGGAGAAUUAAAAAAAAAAAAACUUUUAUAAAUUAAAUAUAUGUAUGUACAAAUGUGUUAUGUGCCAUAUGUAGCAAUUUUUUACAGUAUUUCAAAAUGAGAAAGAUAUCAAUGGUGCCUUUAUGUUAUGUUAUGUUGAGAGCAAGUUUUGUACAGUUACAGUGAUUGCUGUUCCACAGUAUUUUGCCUAACCUUCCAACCUUCCGUUUUCCUGGCUUUUUUGUGCAUUGCAUUAUGGUAACUGGAUGUAUGAUUUGCAAGAAUUGCAAAAGUCCCUCUGUUUGCUUGUAGUAGUCCCCAGUCAAAAAGCCCUGUAAUGAAUGGCAUACUCACCCAUCCACCUCCCCCAAAAAGAGAUACUAUUUUCUUCUAUGAGGUUUUAUUUGCUUUCCAUAUAUGAAAUGAGUUUUGUCUGCUCUCUGCCAGCCAAAAGGUUUGCUUCAUUGGGCACUGGAAUAAUAGUAGAUCCAACAGCAUGCUACUAUUAGUUACAGCAGGAUAACAAAAACUGCAUUAAAUAAUGUUACUUAUUAGAAGGAAAGUAAUACUGUGAUUUUAAACUGAAUAUAUUACUAAGCAGAAGUCAGCUUGUACUCACUAGAAGCUGUCAUUUCAUUUUUUUCAGAUAUUAAUUGUUCUAGUUAUCCCUUACAAGACGGGUUCAGUGUAGCUGAGGCUGCAAACCCAGAACUUUACAAAAGAACAAGAUUUCUAUUAGUUUAAGUUAAUAGGGAAACUAUUAUAGCAGGUAUCUGUAACCAACCAAGGAAGAGAACUAGUUGGAACUAGUUGGAAAAAAAUGCCACUAAUAAAGGUGCAAUCAUAUUUUACCUGUAUUUUUAAUGUUGAUUUUUAAUAGACAAUUUAUUCUUUUGUUUGCAAAAGGAUGCAAUCAGAAAAAAAGCCAACCUAUAGGAAUAAAUGUUUUGUAACUUGGUAGUGUGGCUAUUAGAAUGAGUUUCAUCCUUGUACAUAGCAGCAACUGGCAGGGUGGAAUUAGUUAGCUGAAUCAUUAAAAAAGAAUAGAUGGUGGGAAAGACAUAACCUAAAACUUAUUGACUUUGCAUCCGGUGGCCUGUUUCAGUUUGUUUAUAUAUUUAUUUAAAUUUUCUAUCAAAGGCCUAUUUCUGUAGACAAGCACGCUGCAUUGAUCAGGCCCAUAAUGUGCAUGGGGACUUGUUAUGAAUGUGCAUGUGACCAGUGACUGCAUUAGAAUCUGUGACUGGGAAAUAGACAAAUGUGGUAUCAAUACUGGGAUUGUUGCUCCUUUUCAAACCAAAAAAAAAAAAAGCAAAUGGCCUCUUUUGCACUGAAUUCUGCUCAAUUUAGUGAGGUGACUGCCUCUUACUUGAUUUUGCUUAAGUUCAGGGGGCACAAUGCAGCCUCAGGACUGAUGUUAAAAGCAAAUGUUCUGUGUGGCCUCCUGAGAGGAUGAUAUGAACACAUCUGUUCUGUAAGUAGUACUGAUUCUAAAUAAGAACCAUCUUAGUACAGCAGAAACAUCAGCCAAACUGUAUCUACGCCUUGGGCCAUGCUCUGAUCCUCAUUGCUCUGAGGUAAACAAGUAAAAAAAAGAUUGUGUUGGACCUGAAAUCCCAGUUCAGCAAAGCACUUAAGCACAUGCUUAAACCCAUCCCCAAUUGGAAAAGCACUUAGCACCAUGCUUGAGUCCCAAUGACGUUACUAGAACACAAAAAAAGUUAAGUACAUGCUUAAAUGUUUUGUGGAGCUGCACUGAACUGCCGAUUCAGGACCUAAGAUUGGGAUUUGACUUACUGCAGUAAACAAAGCUGCUUAGUAGUUUGGAUAAAAACACUGCGCUAUAGCACUGUAUGUUCAAAACAGAGUGUGUAAACACAAUUUUAUUUUGAGGUGAGUAGGGUUAACCAUCCAAUCAAAGCAGUCAGGGAGUAGCAAUAGGGUUGCAAGAUGGAAUCCUUGUGGUGGUGUACAAGAAUGAGCAGGUGUUUUCAGUGAAACAGCUCGGGCAGUGGGCUUGCGUGUGUUUUGUGUACAGCCACGUAAUUGAAACACAUGCAAGAGACUGCAGAGUUCUUAAUUACUGUAUUACCACGAUGCAGAUACCCUCUGUUUUCCCUCUUGUUUGCAUGCAUAUAGUAUAUCUUCAUCCUGCUUCACAGUGUCUUUUUAUUCCCUCUGUACACAACCCAGGGCCCUGUGUAAAUCCUGGAUGCCAAGUACUCAUUUUGCACGCUAUUUAUUAUUACUGCUUGCAGUACAGUAGUACAGGUAGCCUCACCAGAGAUCCCAUUGUGCUAACCACAUGGAAGAAGGCCUAUUGGGUGGAGGUUUCAAAAGUGCCUGGGACAUGGGCUCUUAAAUUAAAAGCCUGCUCCAAAACCCACUGAGGUCAGUGGAAAGUUUUCCAUUGAUUUCAGUGGGGUUUGGAUCAGGACCUAAGACCUGUUGCUUAAUGACUAGGUUAGAGAUAAAAGGAUGGGAGUAGAAUCAGGUAAAUCACUGUCAAAGCUUGGAAGAAAAUCACGUCUUUA